AUGGAAAUUUGUGAUAUAAUUUGGCUGAUUUCAAAUGGGUUUGAGUUGAAAGAAAAAAUCUCGAGUGGAUGCUCAGAGCCUGAAACUAAAACUAUUAUAGAUGAAUUAUUCAAAUAUGUGGGUAUGGCUGGCAUUGAAUUCUAUGAAAAAAAUUCAAAUCCUGAAAAAAAAAUAAGAAAUCAUAGCUUUACACAUAUUAAUGAAAACUUUGGUUGUUCGUUUAGAAGCUCUCCUCACGAUUUUAAAAUGCUAAUUUGCUACAUAAUAGAUACAAUGUUAUUAAAUUAUAAUAGUCUGGGAAACAGCACAGAUUAUCCAAAUUAUUCUAAUAACACCAACAAGUUAAUGAGGUUAGAUUUAUUUCCGGGUCCAUAUAUUUGUGGUUAUAAAAAAUUUCUAUAUCUAUAUAAACUGAAAAUUAUCUGUACAGAAAAGCUUAACUAUUGUGAAUGGUCAAGUUUAUUAACAAAAUUAAAUUUAAUUAUUCAAAGAUGUGAAACUAAUGCAAAAACAUCAAAAAAUAUAUCUUUUGAUAGUUCGUUCAAUGGUUUCCUAAUUUCCAAGUUUGAGAAGAUUCUUUUGGGGAAUGAAAAACCACCGAAAAUAUUUAAUAUAUUGCAGAAUAAACUUGUAUUUGGUAGCUUCUCAAGUUUCUCCAUAUUUUUAAAAGGAAUAAAUUUAUUAAAAACUCCAGAGAUGAAAAAAUUGGGUGAGCAGUACUUAAUAAAAUCAAUUUCUAUACAAUCCCUAAUGAACAUGAAUAACAAAAGUUUUAAAAUAAUGAAUUAUAAAACUAAUAAUUUACAGAUUAAUCAACUGUUUCAGAUAUAUUGCAUAAUCUCGAUGUCUAUUCAUUCAAAUGAUUUUAGAAAAUCGACAAAAUAUACAAUUUAUGCAGAAAAGUUAUUAAAGAAUCUUUCAAAAACAGUUGAUAUCGGUACUCGAAUUUUGAUCAAAAUAUAUAUAUUAAUUUCCAAGCUCUACUUGUUAAUGCGAAAUGUUAAUGCUAAAGAUGGAAAAUUUGGUUUAAGUAAUUCAAAGUUUAAUCAAUUUGAUUGUUUGCCUUAUUUAAUUAUUUCUAAUUUAGAUCUAAUUAAUUCUGAGAUAUUAGAAAACGCAAAGUUUCUGACAAAUGAAGAAAAAAAUAACGUUUUGAAUCAUUUAUCUGAAUAUAUCAAUUAUUUACAAUCAGACUAUCCAGCAUUAUUAUUAAGUAUGAAACUUGUUGAAAGUUGUUCUAGUGAAGAACCACUUAAUACUAGAUAUUUGUAUUUAAAUGCUGAUAAAUAUCAAAAAAAAAGUUUAAAUACACUUUUCCCAAUAUGUAAUAUUUUUUCAUACUUAAAUGAAGAGGAAAAUAACAUCAAAAAUGAUUUUUUAGAUGUUCAUUCUAUAAUUUGUUGGACGAAAUUAAUUCCUAAUUUCCUGCUUAGUUACUCUGAAGUAAACUCAAUCUAUUACGAAAACAUCUACAAUAACAUUUUUCUUUCACAACUUGCAGAUCAAUUGUUACAUUACGUUCAAAUUAUAUGCAGUUCUAACUCAGAAUAUGCAAGAGUUUUUCCUAAAGUCAAGGUUGCGGAGUUAUAUUUAUUUAUUAGUUUAUACUCUUAUUUUGCCAAAGAUGAAACUUCGAAAGUAUCCGAAUUUGUGUUAAUUGGUUCAGAAAUAUUAGAAUCAUGUGGUGAAUCGUUAAAUGUUUGCUCAAUUAAGUGUAUAUUUGCCUAUAUUAAUUUACUAAUACAUUUAAGAAGUUCAAAUGAUGUCUUAAACAUCGAAUCGCAACUUAAAACAAUUAUUAGAAAUGGGAAAAUGGCUUUUAAAUGUACUUGUUCAGAUCAAAAGGGGCUACAAUUUAAGAAAAAAAUGGUUAAUUUAGCUCUAAUCCAAGCGUUCACACUAUUAAGUUUAAUAAAAAAUGAUUUUAACGCGUUGGGAAAUGAAGAGUUAAAAUUACAUUUACAGUUUGAAGAGAUUGAAGUUGAAAAAACUGAUGAAUAUUAUAUGGAGGGUAAUAUAAUUAUUUCUAAAUAUCUCUCUAUUACUAAGUUACUGAAUAAUUGUAUUUAG